AUGUCCUGGGGAGGUUUUGUAGCACAAGUGACAACACCUGCAGCUGAUUUUGUGAUGCCGAUGCUUGUUUCCAUAAAAGUCCACUUCAUGCUGUGCCGUGAUACCAAGAAAACAAAGUACACAUGUUGCUUCUCGCAGACUGGUGCAGGCAUUGACCUGUCUCAACCUAAUGCCAGCAAUAAUCUACUUGAACAAGUGAUCCUAGAGUUCCCGUGGUACAGCGCUCUUGACGACAUUUGGGGGCACAACCCUGCAUAUGCCCCCAAGACAUUUUCAUCCACUCCAAGGGUGAAUCAUGCAGGUGACAUGAUUGUGCUCAUGUCAAAGCACAAGGGAAAAGAAAAGGAGGUCCCUCCUGAUCUUGACAAUGAAGCGAUAGAGACCACUGAUGAUGGCCUUUCUCCCCCUGCCCCCACCAUCAAUAUUCCUCCUGCCCCCACCAUCAAUGCUCCCCCUGCCCCUGCCACCAAUGCUCCUCCUACCCCUGCUGUCAAUACUCCCCCUGCUCCUGCCAUCAAUGCUCCUGUCAUGGAUGCUCCCCCCACUGCCCCCCACCUCAACCCUCUCAUUGACUAUUAUACAUUGGAGGACGACCACUUUUUGAAAACCUGGAGGCGCAGCAAGGGGACUUUGAGAUGA